AUGGCUGCUGUACAUGAUGUUGCUGCCUCGAACGCACAAAUUUUAUCUUCUUUACAAUCACCACCACAUGUCGUUGUAGUUGGUGGUACGUCAGGUAUUGGUCGUGGAUUUGCUCUUACCAUCAAUCGACUUUGUCCAGCCGCUCAUGUGACAAUUAUUGGACGUAAUGAGUCUGCUGCCAAUGAAAUAUUAUCUCAAUUAGGUUCCAAUGGAAGUUUCAUUCGUGCCGAUGUUUCAUUGAUGUCUGAAAUUCGAACAAUUACAAAGAAAAUCAAAGCAGUUGACAUCCUUGUUCUGUCUCAAGGCGUAAUAUCAAUGGAUGCUUUUGCACGAACCAAAGAAAAUAUCAAUUAUGCAUUAGCUUUAAAUUACUAUGGUCGAGUUUUAUUCAUCGAAGAACUUCUUCCAUUACUUCGAGCAUCUCCACUUGGUGGUAAAGUUAUAUCUGUCUUGAAUAGUAAAAAAGGUGAUCCAUCAAAAAUCAACUGGAAUAAUAUGGGACUCGAGACUAAAUGUUCUUUUUUGGUAGCUAUUAAUCAUGCUUUCGCAUUCAAUGAUCUUAUCAUUCAAUAUCUUGCUUCACAACCAGAAAAUAGCAAUGUCGGUUUUAUACAUUCAUUUCCAGGUCACGUUAAAACUCCGAUUAUUGAUAACUUACCUUUUUAUAUUCGACUACCUAUAAAAGCGGUGGGAGCAAUCAGACGUCUGGCUGUUAGUCCGGACGAGUGUGCCGAAUUUAUGAUACAUGGUAUAUUAAAGGCAGAGAAAGGCUAUUUAUACAUGGAUGAAAAAGGAGAAACUAUCACAAACAAAACAGUAGCAAAUGAAGAAAUGCUACAAAAACUUUGGGAACACACUCGUGAAUCUAUUUCCUGUACUGCUUCGUAA